CUGCAUAAAAAGAGAUCAUCAAUCAUCACAUGUAAAGAUAAGGUAGGGCCAUUAGCUCAAACAGAUACUAUAAAUAUCUAUACUCAAUCCCAUACCCCAAACUGUUUUUGAACCAAUAAUUUGUGUAUGUGAAGGAAAUGGCAUCCUUCUUUGUAUCACCACCAUCUCUAUCUCACUCCAUCACAAGAAGUAACUACUUCUCAUCUUCACAAACCCCAUCUCCCCAGCCACCAAAUCAACCUUCACAGCCACAAACCACCACCCCAACUCAAAAGCUCAGUGCAGAGCUACCGCCACCGGCCGCUGCUAAGGUGUUGGAAGAAAGGCCUAGCAGGGCUGCCGCCAAAACAAGUGUAGAGUCCACUGAUUGGAUUGCUUCCACGUUAACUAGGCGGUUUGGCAUCGGUGCUGGUCUGGCUUGGGUUGGUUUUCUUGCUUUUGGUGUUGUUUCUGAGCAAAUCAAGACUCGAUUUGAAGUUUCACAACAAGAAGCAAACACAAGAGAUGUUGAGAAGGAAGAAGAGGUAGUGUUGCCCAAUGGCAUAAGGUAUUAUGAGCUGAGGGUAGGAGGAGGCGCGUCUCCAAGGCCAGGGGAGUUGGUGGUGAUGAAUGUGAAAGGGAGUGUGCAAGGCAGUGGAGAAGUGUUUGUUAACACAUUUGAAGGUGAGAAGAAGAAGCCACUUGCACUUGUGAUGGGAUCAAGGCCUUACAGCAAGGGAAUAUGUGAAGGUAUAGAGUAUGUAUUGGGCAGUAUGAAGGCAGGUGGGAAAAGGAGAGUGAUCAUACCAUCUACAUUGGGGUUUGGGGAAGAAGGUGCAGAUUUAGGUGAAGGACUGCAAAUUCCUCCUUUUGCUGCACUUGAAUAUGUAAUAGAGGUUGAUAGAGUUUCAAUUGCACCAGCAUGAUCAUGUUUUUUUUAUGAAACUUUUAUUGUGUUUUGAAUUAAUUGGUGGCGUCCAAGAUUUGUUUUUCUAUAUUGAAAAAUAACAACCGUUGUAAUAUAUAGUAUGGUUUUUCGCUCAA